GGAAAUCUAAGAGGUUGUUAUCAAUUUUUCAAUCCUAUAUAAGGUAGGUCAGUAAAGCAGCAAAAGCACAUCUGUUUUUUUGCCUCUUCAACUUCUUUUUCUGAUUCUUCUUGGGGAAAAAUCAAAAAAGGUGGAAAAUGAGCAUCACAGACGUCCUGAGUGCUGACGAUAUCGCAGCCGCCCUGCAGGAGUGCCAAGAUCCAGAUACUUUUGAACCCCAAAAAUUCUUCCAGACGUCAGGCCUCUCCAAGAUGUCAGCCAGUCAGGUGAAGGAUGUUUUCCGGUUCAUAGACAAUGACCAGAGCGGCUACCUGGAUGAAGAAGAGCUUAAGUUUUUCCUCCAGAAGUUUGAGAGUGGUGCUAGAGAACUGACCGAGUCAGAAACCAAGUCCUUGAUGGCUGCUGCAGACAGUGAUGGCGAUGGAAAAAUUGGGGCUGACGAAUUCCAGGAAAUGGUGCAUUCUUAAAGGCCCCAGUCUAAGGAAACAGAGAAAGGAGAGAAAGGGACAAACAGCUGGGAAGGCCUCCAAAGCCCCAAGAGGGA